AUGAAUCCAUUUGUGAGCAAUGGAAAUAAAUUAAAAUGGAAGUUCGAAAACGUGAAGGAAUUGGAUGAAAAUGGAAGAUUCAGUGAUAAAUUCGAAAUUAGACCGACUAAAUGGUUUUUUAAUUUAUAUAAAUUCAAACUUCAGAGUGCUACUUUUUGCAGGAAAAUUAAUGUUCGAAAAAAUAUGGAGAAUGAUGUGAAAUAUUUAGCAGUAUUCUUUUAUUAUGCCGGAGAUAAUGCAAACGAAAAACAAUGGAUUUGUCAAACGAAUCGAACAAUGAAAUUGAUAAAUCAAAGUGAAAAUGGAAAAGAUGUAUUUGCCACUUCUUCGAUGUGUUAUUCGAAUAAUUCUGAUACGUGGGGAUACCCAAAAUUGUAUAAAUGGGAUGAUUUGAUGAAAGAUGGAUAUAUGAAAAAUGAUUCAAUUAUUAUUGAUGUUGAUUUCAGCUUCAAAUAUUAUGAUUUUUCGAAAAAUAUUCCAAAUUUGACUGAUAUCACUUUCAAAGUUGAAGAUAUUGAAUUUCACACAAGCAAAGCGGUUAGUUUUGAAAAUACUUUUGAAAAAUCUAAAAAAUAUUUGCAGGUUUUGUGCAUGCAAUCUGAAUACUUCUAUGACUUGUUCAUCAACAAAAAACACGAAGAAACUGUCAUUGAAAUCGAAGAUGUUAAUUUGGAUGAUUUUCGUUUCUUUUUGGCUUCAUUUUAUCCAUUAUUCGAGAGUGUUGAAGACAAAAACUAUGGAAAACUGAUCGAAUUGGCCGAGAAAUACAAAGUUCCAACUUUGCAUAAAAAUUGUGAGCAAUAUUUGUUGAAAGAUGUCAAAAUUUCACUCGAAAAGAAAUUGGAAUAUGCUGACAAAUAUGAUUAUUAUGAUUUGAUGGUUAGUUUUCUUUAAAAAAAUAAAUCAGUUAAUUUAAAAUGGAUUUUUUAGAAACACUGCAUUCAAUCCUUGGACAAUGCUCAAAAAAUCAAGAAUAUUCAAAAAUCGGUCGAAUUCCACAAUUUCAAAGAAUCCACAAAGCUUAUGAUUAUGACCAGAAUUUUGGAUUUUUAUUGA